AUGAACCCUUCCACCCCAGACUCGUGGAAUCCGGACGCCGUUUCGCCAGACAGCUUCGGCCGACCGGCAGACGAGCCAAAACCUACUAUCCGGCACAUCGAAUAUGCUGUCGACGGCAACCACAUUAAGCGGUUUCAGUUCACGGACGAGGACAUGCAGCGGUACUUUGACGGCCGGGAUCCGUACCUCGAGACGCCACCCCCCCAGGCCGCUGAAACGCCGGAGCAAGAUGCUGCUCCUGCUGCUACCGCUGCACGGAGAGACGGUCUCGCGCUGCUGUGCCACAGCACGGAGCUCGCCGUAGAGAUUGGCAAGCACCUGUGCCCGCGCGACAUUGUAGCGCUGUACAGCACGAGUCGUGCCUUUCACGACGCCGUCGACCGUUACAUGUCGGCCAGCGUCCGCGCCUGGAUUGCCCACCAGGCGCCCGAGGCCGGGCAUGUCUUUGACUUUCGCCUGUACAAGCGCGUCCUCGUGGCCGAUCCGUCCGGUCGCACUUGGGACUAUCAGUACGACACCACUAUCACUGAUGAGAAGGAGGAAAGCAGCACCAGCAGCGGAGCCCGGCGCAACGGCGCCGUCGAUGCAGCUAAGGCGCAGGAGGUCCGCGCCGUCCCGGGUCUCAAAUAUCUGCAGCUCGUCGUUGGGCGCGACCGAUGCUGUCGAGACAUGCGCGCGAUCCUGGCGCGUCACGGGCACCGCACGCCGCGCUCGAUGCAUGCGACCCUACUGAGGCUGUGGCUAUGCCUCGAGGUGCCGACAAGCGAGCAGCGCGCGGCGCUGCUGCGCAAUCGCGACGUCUGGGCCGACACGGACCUCUACAACGCGCAGCUGCUCUUUGUCAAGCUCGGCAUGCACUUCAACGACCCCGUGUACGGGCCGAAUACGUACGAGCUGCUGCACCUGAUGAUGGGGCAAAAGGGUCUGUACCCGCUGUGGCAGUUGCUCGCGCGAAGGCGCUUCACGCGGCUCAGCGAGGUGCUGGCGCUCAAGGUGCGCUACGACUUUCCGGCGGCGACCUCGCCGUCAUACCCACGCGGCGCGCACCGCGACGGCGGCGAUGCGCAGAAUCAGCAGCACUGGAGCGCCGAGUUCUUCGGGGAAAGCAUCCACGGGGUGCCCUACGCCGAGAUUGGCCGCACGCAUCUCGAAGGCUGGGGACGCCUCGGCGGCGGCGGCAGCGGCACCGCUCGGUCGACGCGGCACCUCGCGCGGCCGGAUGAGCUGGUGCCGGUCGAGGCCGUAGCACGGGGCCUGGAGCUGGACGCACAUCUUCUCGGCAUGAUGAUGUGGGGCUACAUGGACUGGGACACGGGCGAGAAUCUGGUGCCGUCCGAGGACGAGCUGCGGCUGGCCGACGAGACGGUGCUGGCGGGCGCCGACACCAGCGGCCACUGGCGUCCGCGGCACGCCCGCAAGAAGCGCUUCCGGCAGCUCGCACCCGCCGAACGCCGGCACAUCCUCGACCAGGACGAAGACGAGCGGCUGCGCGCCAUGGCAUGGUGCGGCGACACGGACGACUACGAUUCCGCGAGCGAGGAUGAGGAUGAGGAUGAUGAUCGCGGCGACGGCGGCAACGGCGACGACGAUGAGGGCCUGCCGUGCUCACUAGAGGAUGAAAUGACGCGCGGAUACAUUUUGCCACCCGCCGACGAUACUGUUGUCGUGCCGGCCGUGGAUGACCCGGACGGCUGGGUCGGCUUCGUCACAGACGUGCUCAUGAGCGGGCUGUCACCCGACGUCAGCGGCGAGGCGGCACUGAGGGCCGAGGCCUGGCAGUCUUACCACGACGCGGAGCUCGCCCCGGCGUGGGACUGGGGUCUUUGGCUGCGUCAGCAGCAGCAGCAGCAGCAGCAGCAGCCAGAACGAAGGGCCGAGGAUACCAUGUCGGAGGCGGCGGAGAGUCUUGCGUGGGAAGGAAGCGAGGCGUCGAGUGACUAUGACGUGUCGGGCGACGAGAUGUAA